ACUUUUACGCACGCGGAGGUUCGACCCGGGCAGGCACCCGCCUCGUCUCCGAGCCAUGGGCCAAAGGGGAGCGCUGCUGGCAACCCUCUGGGUCUGGAGCCACUGCCUGGUCGCCGUUUGCGGAGAGGUCGCGGCCGCGGUUACGCUUGCCGGCAACUCCGCGCCAAAAACUUCUCUUGAAAAAAAGUGGGACUUCAGUGAUAUUGAAAGCAAAUUUUCUUUAAGAACACUUGGGAAUCCUGAUGAAGACACCUGCUACAUAGUUCCGGGAGUGGAGUCAAGCGUAGAACAAUGCAACUUCAAUCACACAAGUAAAACUUUCGUGGUGAUACAUGGAUGGACGAUUACCGGCAUGUUUGAGAGCUGGGUCCCCAAGCUAGUAAGCGCCCUGUAUUUGAGAGAACCUGACUCUAAUGUCAUUAUUGUGGAUUGGCUGGCUCGGUCCAGCAUGCAUUAUCCAGUAUCUGCUGCUUACACAAAACUAGUGGGGCAAGACGUUGCCACAUUUGUUGACUGGAUGGAGGAACAGUUUGGUUACUCCCUGGACAAAGUUCACAUCCUGGGAUAUAGCCUCGGUGCCCAUGCUGCCGGUGUUGCUGGAAGUCUGACUGGUAAAAAAAUUAACAGAAUUACUGGUUUAGAUCCUGCUGGACCCAAUUUUGAAUAUGCUGAGGCAGCUGACCGCCUUUCUCCAGAUGAUGCCAUCUUUGUAGAUGUUUUGCACACAAAUACAAGGGGGUCCCCUAAUCGUAGUAUUGGGAUACAGCGGCCUGUUGGGCAUAUUGAUAUUUAUCCUAAUGGAGGUGGUUUCCAGCCGGGUUGCAAUAUACCAGAAGCUCUGCGAAUGAUUGCUGAAAAAGGGUUGCAAGAUGCAGAUCAGCUGGUCAAAUGUUCUCAUGAACGCUCCAUCCAUCUCUUCAUUGAUUCCCUUUUGCAUGAAGAAAAACCAAUUAUGGCCUACCGCUGCACCUCAAAAGAAGCAUUUGAAAGAGGUCGCUGCCUGAGCUGCAGGAAGAACCGCUGCAACAAUGUAGGCUACAAAGUCAACAGAGUGAGAAGCAAGAGGAAUAUCAAAAUGUAUUUGAGGACUCGAGCACGAACGCCUUACAAAGUGUUCCAUUAUCAAGUCAAGAUCCAUUUUUUUGGAAAGGUCAGCAUGACUAAGACAAACCAGCAAUUCCUUAUCUCUCUGUAUGGCACUAAGGAUGAAAGUGAGAACAUUGCAUUUGCACUGCCAGAGAUCACCUCAAAUAAAACUCAUUCCAUCCUGGUAUACACAGAAGUUGAUAUUGGAGAGCUGCUGAUUGUCAAACUGCAGUGGACGAGUGACUCUAUUUUCACAUGGUCAGAUUGGUGGAAUAUCCCUGAGCUUGGCAUCAAAAGGGUCAGAGUCAAAGCUGGAGAAACCCAAAAAAAGUUAGUGUUCUGCUCUCCAAAUGGAUUCUCUCAUCUCAAAAAAGGAGAUAAAGUUGCAGAGUUUGUGAGAUGCCAUGUAGACUCAUCCAAUGAGGCAGAUUCGUGAAACCAGUCAAAUUAUGAAAUAUUCCCACUUGGAGUUCUUCAAAGAAUGAAAAAUGAGUGAAGAAACUGAGUUCUGGGAAGGAAACCCCAGAGUGCUGGGCAUCCAGGACUGAAUAUUUUGCAAUAUUUAUCUGCCUUCUGUAAUAACUGUCAACCUUGUUUAGUCUUGGAGACUCUCACCUAAAUCCAGCUCUAUAGUCUAGUUGCACCAGAAUGUGGUUUGGGAAUCGGCAUUCAAAUGCAAAUCCCACUGAAAGAGCAGUGUAAUGGAGAUAAGCAAUAUUUUCAUUCAAAUUAGCACCUAAAGGCACACCUAAUGUGUGUGUAACACCAGAGAGUGUUAUGUGUCCAGAAGCCUACUUUUUUGUGCUGCUUAUCAGGAUCCAGGGUAUCUUUGCAUCAUCCUGUCACAUUAAAGAAGACAUUGGUCAAGCAUUGGGGAGGAGGGAAAUAAACUUUCUUGCAUAUGGUGACAGGUACAUUAUUGGCAGGAACCUGCAAGAAUUUUCACAUGAUCAUGUAACAAAUGUUUCUUGGUUUUUAUAAUGUACUGCAUUUAAACUUUGCUAUUUAUUUAAAAGCUGUAUACAUGGGCUGUCUUGAAGUUUAUUGAACUGAUGCAGUGGCUGGCUUUUUUCUUUUUAAUCUGCGACUGGACAACUUGCUGGGCAGUGUCCAUUCAGCUAAUUCAUCCAUUUUCACAUUCUCUGCUCGCUGCAAUUCAGUUAUUCCUCUUAAAUGAUUAGGACAGUAGAUAACCAUAUGACUCAUGCCUGUGUUACCCCUUGAAGAGGAUUGAGUAGUUGCCUCUUUGAAAAUUCCAAGGUAAGGGCUUCAGUAACAGGUCAGCAGUCCCUACAUUUAGGAAUGACUUAUUUACCCGUAUUGUCAUUAUAUGACAAAUACAUUUUUUUUCAGAAGAGAAGGUGGCAUUGUCAUUGUUUUGUGCUUGUCUGUUAAAUAUGAAUCCAGUACAUUUCAUUAAAAGCCUAUUCAGUCCCUGAUUUUUUUUCUUUUACAAAGUCAUUGUUUUCACAAUGAAUUUCCAAUUGUACUUAUUGGAUACUACACCUAGUCUUGGACAAUGGUCCCAAUCGAAUUCUUUCUUGCUCCCCUAAACCCAAAUUCCGGCUGACAGUUGCCCUUCCCUUAUUGAGUCCAGUGUUCCUGUCUUUGAAAGAGGAUGUAAUUUGUUGCUGAGCUGUAAGAAUGACGUAACUUGAAGGCAGUGUUUAGCUAUAAGGGUAAAGUAAGUUUUAGCAAAAUGCAGUGUUGUGUGCUGUCAGAAUAUGUACAAAUAUAAUACACUUUGGAUAACAAAGGUCACAUGGAUAAGCUAUAGAAAAUAGGUGAGUGCAGCUGAAGAAGCAUUCAGGCUGAAGACAGUUUGCUUCAUUCAGCUAGACAUUCAAACUUGGAAGCAGGGUUGCAAUAUUUGUGCAGUAUGUUUAAACCAGACAGUGUAAACUGUGUUUAUAUGAAGACAGGCAUAUCUGAACCAAUCUUUUAGCACCCCUCUGAUUAUUGUAUGAUAGUAUUUAUUAAAUUUGGAAAAUUUUAUCACAGGAAAAUUGUGUGUGGAGAGAAACAAACUGAAGUCCAAUAUGAAGCAAUUUUUUUUAAAAAAACUUCAUUAAAAACAUGAACAACCAAUUACUAUAGGAGAUUUAUAAAGUGCUCCUAUAGUGUAUUCUCGACAAAUUCUGACUUCCAUUUUCAAUUGUUUGAAGAGUAAACUUUUUGCUUUGAAGUAAGACAUAUUAUGAAUUGCACAUUUGAAUACAUGGACAAAUAUGAACACCAACAGCACUUGAUCACCAGCUGGUGAAUGAUUCUUUUAUACAUGAGAAAAUAUAACUUGGCUUUAAAUAUUUCUAUUUAUUUUUUUGUAAAAUAUAUGUAUAUGGGUGUAAAAGUUACUAUGUAUAUAUUGCUGAAGCUAUCAAAGCAAGGCUUACAUAUGCAUUUAUACUGAUGUGUGGUUUAAUUUCUGUAAAUAGCUCCCCCCUCAAAGUAUUAUAUAUGUGGAAAAUGCUGCUGCAACUGUCAACUUUUUUCCCCAGAUACACCUCUAUUUUGUGCUACAUGGAAAUCUGCAAAUUUAUUAAAACCAACAAUUUAUUACAAAAUAAAA